AUGAUGAUGCGCACAAACAGUGAACAGAGUGGAAAUCGACCAUAUUCCUCAAACAAUCCAUUCAGGCUCGCGUCGAUUGACAGCGAUAUACAAUUGGACCAGCCAAAUAAGGACACCUUCAGGGGGGUCUCUAGGAAUGGGUCUUACGCGUCUGCGAACGCGUCCACGUACGCGAGGCCGAUCGCACAACGUGAGAAAUCAGCUCAUAGCUUCGCGGAUAACUUAGAUGGCGACGACAUCGUCGGAUACUCCUCGCCUCGACCAAUGAGUGCGCGAAACAGUUUUAGUAUGACACCGCCACCACGUCCUGCGUCAAACAACCCUUUUCUAGAAGAUCUAGACAGCAACUCAGUCGCGAGUGGCGAAGAAAGUGAGCUUUCCAGCAGCAUUCCAAGCUAUCAUGGGAAUGGCGAAGACAGGACAAGCUAUCCUACAGCUCAAGAGGAAAAAGCACGUUUGAGACAACAAUAUAUCAAGCAGACCAACGUCUCAGAACCCUCAAGCGAUCUGCCUCCUUCGUAUGAGGAGGUUGCAGCGUCCGGACCCAAGAAAACCACAUAUCCACGCGAGAAGUCCCAGAGCACUGGCUACAAGUCGUCUGGGUCUCAUUAUUCGUCUAGGUCUGGCGAGAGACCGUCGCAUCACCGCCAGCGCGAGUCCAAGGAGAGAGGCGAGCAUAGUGCUGACCGUGACCACGAUCGCCGCAGAUCUAGUCGUCGGCGCGAGAGCGGAGGGGGUACGUCGCCUCAUAAAGGCCACAGGACCAAAGAUAAAAAGGGCAAGAAAGUAGUUCCACCCAAGAACGUUGACACUAUCGACAAACUGGACGUCACGGGCCUCUUUGGCGGUGCGUUUCAUCACGACGGUCCCUUCGAUGCGUGCACGCCUCACCGCAACAGAAACAACAAAGUUGCGCCUGUCAUGGCUUUCCCAGUUGACGGGCCCAACUCUUCCAUAUCUGGUGUUUCUAACAACAAGUCGGCCAUGAACGAGGUUUUCGGGCGUGACGAAACGGAAGACGACGAUCUAUAUGGGAAAUCCAAAUUCCGUCCUUACAACAACAAUAGUUCCACCACUAUUAGCGCAAUCAAGCCAGAUAUGAGCGUUACGCAAUUUGAUACCAGUAAGAAAACUGAACUUGUACACGGACCUACCACGGUGGGACUCGGUUCAACGACUUUCCUCGACGGCGCUCCUGCGGCCCAAUCUGCGAUCAGGGAAGAUGCAUUACACCAAGCGCAUGGCAUUCAAAGGAAGAAAUCCUUGAGUAACAGGCUCAAAAAUGCUAGCGCUCAUAGACAAGAUCAUCAUUUGACUCCUCCGGAUGGAUACCGGCGAGAGCCCCUAAAGCUAGCAAAGACUCAUUCAGGUCAUUUGGAGUACGAUAACAAUGAUGAUGGCGAGGACGCUUAUCUUGGGCUCCCCAACGCUGGACGAGACAAGAAAGAAUCAACCGGUAACAAAUUGAUGAGAAGAGUAAAGAGCUUAAAAGUCAGCCGAAAAAGCUAA